AUGGACAGGAGGGACAGCGCGCAGAGUGACAUUCCGAGACGGUCCUCUGACGGCUCUGUCGCAUCGCAAGCCACACCACCAGCGACAAACUCACCACUCCCUGCAUUCAACCGACCCGAACUCUUCCAUUCCCUGCGUCCUAUGGCCAGCACCGAAAGUCUGAACGGCGCAUUCAACAGCAAGCCUUGCACAACAUGCUCUGGCGAACCCGCACGCCGCCGCUGCUCCCGCUGCAAGGCUGCUUACUACUGCGACCGCAACUGCCAAAAGUCGGACUGGAAGACCCACCGUAACGUCUGCGAACCCAUCACGCAGACUUACUCCGCACCUGCCACUCCCAACUUCUCCAACCCCACCAGCCCGACGAACGAGUCUUGA